AAUGGCGUGUUGUGGAAAUACUUUUUGUUGCCAGUGCUGCUGUAGGGAAAGUGAGACGCGUACGCCUGAAGAAUUGACAAUCCUUGGAGAAAUUCGAGAUGAAGAAGAUGAGAUUCUACCAAGGAAAGAUUAUGAGAGCCUGGAUUAUGACCGCUCCAUCAAUGAGCCCUAUGUGGAGGUUCUGGAGGGAAUGGAUAACAAGAAAGCCAGAAAGUAUGAGGCUGUGCGGUGGAUGUUGGUGUUUGCUAUUGGAGUCACGGUUGGUUUGGUGGGGUUGUUUGUGGACUUUUUUGUCCGCUUCUUCACCCAGCUCAAAUUCACCUUGGUUGGAAACUCUGUAGAGGAGUGCAGUGAGAAAGGCUGUCUUGCUCUGUCUCUUCUGGAGCUUCUGGCUUUCAACAUGACCUUCGUCUUCAUAGCAAGUGUACUUGUCCUCAUAGAGCCAGUGGCUGCAGGCUCUGGAAUCCCAGAGAUCAAAAGCUACUUGAAUGGAGUGAAGAUUCCUGGGAUAGUUCGACUACGUACAUUCCUCUGCAAGGCCACUGGAGUCCUAUUCACCGUUGCUGGAGGGCUGUUUGUGGGAAAAGAGGGCCCAAUGAUUCACAGUGGAGCCAUUGUAGGAGCCGGACUUCCUCAGUUCCAAAGUAUCACUUUUAAGAAGAUCAGAUUCGAUUUCCCUUACUUCCGGAGUGACAGGGACAAGCGAGACUUUGUGUCAGCGGGGGCCGCUGCUGGAGUGGCUGCUGCCUUUGGGGCCCCCAUAGGAGGCACCCUCUUCAGUCUAGAGGAAGGCUCCUCUUUCUGGAACCAGGCCCUCACAUGGAAAGUGCUCUUCUGUUCCAUGUCAGCAACUUUCACCCUCAACUUCUUCCGCUCAGGGAUUAACUACAACAAGUGGGGCUCCUUCCAGCUUCCCGGUCUGCUCAACUUCGGAGAGUUCAAGUGUCCAAAUGGGGAUACAAACUGCCACCUGUGGACAGCAGUAGAUCUGGCCUUCUUUGUCCUGAUGGGCGUAGUGGGCGGCUUGCUGGGAGCGUUCUUUAACUGUAUCAACAAGAGCCUGGCCAAAUACCGAAUCAGACACAUCCAUCCCAAGGCCAAGUUUGUAAGGGUUCUGGAGAGUCUAUUGGUCACCAUGGUGACAACAGUGAUUGUGUUUGUAGCAUCCGUGACACUGGGUGAAUGUCGUGACUUGUCUGCCCCCACAAACCACAAUACCACAGCGGUGCUGACUGGAAAUGAGGACAUAAACUCUACAAUCCGCCAAUUUUUCUGUCCAAACAAGACCUACAAUGACAUGGCCACGCUCUUCUUUAACCCUCAGGAGGCAGCUAUCCAUCAGCUCUUCCAUCAAGACAGUACAUUCAGCCCUGUAACGCUGACGGUGUUCUUCCUGCUGUACUUCCUGUUGGCCUGUUGGACCUAUGGCGUGUCGGUACCAAGCGGCCUCUUUGUCCCCUCACUCCUGUGUGGGGCCGCAAUGGGACGCCUGGUAGCCAACCUCCUCAAAGUACAUCUAGGAAUGAACAUCUACUCUGGGACCUUUGCCUUGAUUGGAGCAGCCUCAUUCCUCGGGGGUGUAGUCAGGAUGACCAUCAGCCUGACUGUCAUUCUCAUCGAAUCGACCAAUGAAAUCACAUAUGGGCUGCCCAUCAUGAUAACUCUGAUGGUGGCGAAGUGGACAGGAGACUUCUUCAACAAGGGCAUCUAUGACAUUCACAUUAUGCUGAGAGGAGUGCCUCUGCUGGAGUGGGAGACUGAGGUCGAGAUGGACAAGCUGACAGCCAGUGAUAUCAUGGAGCCCAACUUGACAUAUGUCUACCCCCACACACGGGUCCAGUCUCUGGUCAGCAUCCUCCGAACCACAGUCUACCACGCCUUCCCUGUGGUCACUGAGAACCGGCAGAACGAAAGGGACUUCAUGAAAGGCAACAUCCUAGUCAGCAACAAUAUCCACUUCAAGAAAUCCAGCGUGGUGACACGUGCGGGGGAGCAGAGGCGGCGCUGCCAGUCCAUGAAGUCGUACCCGUCCAGCGAGCUGAGGAACGUGUGUGACGAGCAGGCCCCCACUGUAGAGCCCACGGAGGAGGGAGAAGACAUGCUGCAGCAGAUGUUAGACAGGAGACAUGUGCCGUACCCCAAUCUGUAUCCAGAUCAGUCCCCUAGUGAGGAGUGGACCAUGGAGGAGCGCUUCAGGCCACUCACCUUCCACGGCCUCAUCCUGCGCUCUCAGCUGGUCAACCUGCUCAUCAGGGGGGUCUGCUAUUCAGAAAACCAGUCGAGUGCAACCCAGCCCAGAUUGUCCUACGCCGAGAUGACUGAAGACUACCCACGUUACCCUGACAUCCAUGACUUGGACUUGUCCCUCCUCAACCCCCGAAUGAUAGUGGAUGUCACCCCUUACAUGAACCCGUCUCCCUACACGGUGUCUCCGAACACGCAUGUUUCCCAAGUGUUUAACCUCUUCAGAACCAUGGGACUGCGACACCUGCCGGUGGUCAAUGCAGUGGGGGAAAUUGUUGGGAUAAUCACGAGACACAAUUUAACCCACGAGUACCUUUUGGCCAAACUCAGACAGCACUACAUCACUUUUUGAUCUGCCGGGGUUCUUUAAUGGUUUCAGACACAACUUCUGCUCAACCUGGUCCUAGGCUUUUGUGUACCCACUCCCCCAAAUGAUAUAAAGACAUGUUGUCGAUAGUACUAUUUCGAAUACUCGUCUCUGUAAAACAAUAUGCCUAUUUCUUGUGGUUGCUAUAUCUCACAUAGGUAUGGCAAUUCCCCUUUUAACAUAUAUAACAAUAAUAAAUUACUAUAUAUCUUAAUAUAUAUAGUAAUAAUAUAUAUUUGGUAUGGCAAGAUAUAUAAAUAUAUCCUGCCCCCUACGUCAUCUGUUCUGGGCAUCUCCACAUGAGUAAAUCUACCAGAACAAAUGAACAGAUGAGAGGCAUAAUCCAUGACACAGAGAGGAGUUAUGGCAACUGGGUUUCCUAUAUUUUGGUUUAAUACGAGUGUAACGACCACGGAUGUGUAGACUCGCUAGCCCUUGUAGUUGACUGGUUACCACAGUCGCCCGUGGUGUGGGGGAACCCGGGUUCGAUUCCCAGCCGCUGCCAGAAUUCCCGCUGCAUUGGUGGCAGCAGUAGGAUCGAACCUGGGUUCCCCCGCACCACGGGCUACUGCGCUAACCAGUCAACUAAAGGGUCCGACCCGUUAGCCAACGGGCUAGCGAGUCUACACAUCCGUGGUUGUUACAUGAGUAAGAACUUCAAGUUCUCAUAAAGUAAGCUAGUGGUGAUACCCACAUAACCCCAGGCCCCCUAAAUUAGCCAAUAUUGACGGUUGACAAUUAAAAAGGUUGUCCUACCAAAGGGAAAUACCACAUUGUAUAUGACAUUAAAAUGUCCCCCUUCCUUUAACCGCCACCACCUUAAAUGUUUUUUUCCCUUGACCUCCAUUAACCGUUUCCUCUUUGACGUCACUGUUGCACUUUUAUUUUCGCAGUCUGUGAAUAUUGAUAUUAAUUUACUGUUUAAUCACUUGGAAUGUGUUUGCACUCAGCCUUUGUUGUCGUUCCCUUAUGGGUACUUGUGGUAAAAUGGCGCCGGCGUUGCUGUGGUAUUCCAGCAAAGUUUAGUUAGAAUUGAUAAUGUUUAGGCUUUUAAAAGGACCAAUAAACGACUAUGUUUUCCGAAUUGAAAUAUAUUUUUUGUUUUGUUUAGCGGCAUAUUAACAUAUUCCCUGUUCGAAUCCAUUUCAGAUAUGUUCAGCUAGUUUUCUGAUAAGAGUAUGACUUCGAUCAAGUGUCCUAAUAUGUAAUUUUAUUUUAACCCCCUUAUAAGAGCAGAAUAAAGGAAAACAGAGCAGCCAGUACAACUUAGUACUGGUUUUGGUUGUAAUUCAUCCGCCCAGAUGUUAGGAUGAUGAAUUAUCGGCAACCAUAUGUAUGUAUGCAUCAAAUAUUCCUUACUUGUAUCAUUGCCUCUUUUCUUGAUAUUUUAUUUAUGAGAUUAUUUUUUUAUAUAAUUUUAUGUUUUAAGAUUAGCUAACUGUAUUGCAAAUGAUUUUAAUGUCAUAACACCGCAUCUCAAAUGGACCAAGUCGUCAAGGAAAAAUACGGUUUGUAGUCUGGACACCGGUCCCAUGUUAAAAACUUAAAAUUCUGUAUGUUAUCCGUUUUAUUGUAAGUACUAUCAUUUGAGUCGUGUCCUUGCCGGUGGUAUGCAGUCGGUCCACAUUGUAUGAGAUUAAGGGACAGCCGAUGUGUGUUCUCCUCUGAAGCCAGACUCGAAAGACUGUUUUGCCAGGAUCCUUUCUGUGACAUGCCUGUGUUCAUAUAUGUAAUAUGGAGAUGUAGGCAUUGUUUUCUGCUUGUUGGCAAAUUUGCAACUACUACAAAUAUCAAGAGCAAGCUCAUGGCAAAGCACUACUGUAACAAAAAAAAGAAGAAGGAGAAGCAGGAAGACCUCUGUCUGUGCCUUUAUUAUUGUUCAAUAAAGGUCCUUCUGUUUGGU